GAGUACCUCGAGGUAGACCUGCAAGAGGCGUGCCUCGUGACGGGCAUCAGCAUCCAGGGCCGCGAAGCCUGCUCCGGAGAGCCGGCGCAGACCCGCGACCUCCUGCGGCUGGUGAUGGCGGGGUCCACCAUCGAGCUGCCUGGCGACGAGAAGUCCUUCCAGCGACCGCCGGUGCGCUUGGUGCACAACGUCGGAGUGCUGAUGGCGCACGUCUGGGGGUGCUUCGGCUCGGCCUGGCAGGUGCCGGACGAGCUCUUCAACUUCCCUGUCCUCUCGCGCGAGCAG